CCGAGUCCCGAAUACCACCAGCAGUGACCAGGUCCAGCUGGCAGGAAAUGCAAUAGUAGCCUCCUCAGCGUCGAAGUGAGUCUCUAAAGUCCGAGUCCGAGUCCGAGUCAGAGUCAGAGAGCCACAGCUACGCACACGCUACGCUACGAUUCACAACUCUCUGAUCCUCACUCGUUUCUUUUCAUCUCCACGCUCUUUCAACUUUCUGCGUCCUUCCUUCCUUCCUAGGGUUUCGCCCACCAGCUCAGCUCAGCUCCCAUGGCCGAGGUCAUGAACAUGCCGGUCGAGUCCCUCGACCGCCGCCGUGACCGCAAGGAGAAAUCCGCCGAAAAACCACCCCUCCAGCAAUCCUCGCCGCCGCCACCAGCAGCAGCAGCUCCUCCGAGACGACGCGAGCGAGAGCGAGAGCGCCGAGCCGAUUUCUACGAGCGGAACAGGUCCCCUCCGCCCCCACCGAGGGACUACAAGAGGCGGAGCAGCAUGAGCCCGCCACCUCCACUGCCGUAUAGGGAUCGAAGGCACUCUCCCCCUCGACGCUCGCCGCCGCCUCCCUAUAAGCGGUCGAGGAGGGACGAUGAUGGCCGGAGAGGAAGCCCUAGAGGAGGAGGACCCGGCGAUAGAAGGUUGGGUUAUGAUUAUGCUGGUGGAUAUGAACGUGAGAUGGGAGGUAGGCAUGGGUAUGCUGAUGAAAGGCCUCAUGGCCGGUACAUGGGUCGUUCAUCUGGUGGCUUUCAGAGUGGUCCUUCCAGUGAUUGGGAUUCAGGCCGUGGUGGAUAUAGUGAUGCUUCCAAUAUAGGGACUACUCAAAGAGAGGGUUUGAUGUCAUAUAAGCAAUUCAUUCAGGAGCUAGAGGAUGAUGUACUACCAGCUGAAGCUGAGCGCAGAUAUCAAGAAUACAAGUCUGAGUAUAUUUCAACUCAGAAACGAGCUUUUUUUGAUGCUCAUAAAGACGAGGAAUGGUUGAAGGACAAAUAUCACCCAACAAAUCUAAUUGCUGUCAUAGAAAGGAGGAAUGAACUUGCAAGAAAGGUUGCGAAGGAUUUUUUACUUGAUUUACAAAGUGGAACAUUGGACUUAGGCCCUGGUGUCAAUGCUUCAUCAUCAAAUAAAUCAGGACAGAAUAGUGAUCCAAAUUCUGAGGAUGAAGUAGACGUAGGUGGCAAAAGAAGACGGCAUGGUCGGGGGCCAGCUAAAGAAACUGAUCUUUCAGCAGCUCCUAAGGCUCACCUCAUCAGUUCUGAUCCCAGACGAAUCCAUGUUGACAUUGAACAAGCACAGGCACUUGUACGUAAACUUGAUUCUGAAAAAGGGAUCGAGGAAAAUAUUUUAUGUUGCUCUGAUAAUGACAUAACAAAUAGAGAGAAGUCUCAUGGUGGCUCCACUGGUCCAGUAAUUAUUAUACGGGGCUUAACCUCUGUCAAGGGCCUGGAGGGCGUUGAGCUACUAGAUACACUCAUUACUUAUUUAUGGCGAAUCCAUGGAUUAGAUUAUUAUGGAAUGAUUGAGACAAGUGAAGCUAAGGGUCUCCGGCAUGUGAGAGUGGAGGGGAAGACCUCUGUUACAAAUACUGAUGGGGCUGAGUGGGAAAAUAAACUUGACUCACGUUGGCAGGAGAGGCUGAGGGGUCAAGACCCUUUGGAAGUGAUGACAGCUAAGGAAAAGAUAGACACUGCUGCUGUUGAAUUUUUAGAUCCUUAUGUCCGUAAGAUUAGGGACGAGAAGUAUGGCUGGAAGUAUGGUUGUGGAGCCAAGGGUUGCACAAAGCUGUUUCAUGCUUCUGAGUUUGUGCACAAGCAUCUUAAACUGAAACACCCUGAACUUUUAACGGAGUUGACCUCCAAAGUGCGUGAAGAGCUGUAUUUCCAAAAUUACAUGAAUGAUGCUGAUUCACCUGGUGGAACACCAAUUAUGCAGCAACCUGUACAGAAGGACAAGCCAAUUAGGCGUAGGCUAGGAUCUGAUAAUCGAUUGAAAGAUGAGCGUGGCAGCCGUAGAGAACGUGAUAUUCGAGCUAAUGGUGGUGAAAAAUAUGAUAGGUCUGAAAACCUGCAUCCAAGUGAUUACCUCUCCAACAAAGAUGGUCCAGAUGGAGGAAAUCUUGAUGAACCAAUGUUCAACACUUUUGGUGGACAAGGAAUGCACGGUGCUCCUCCAUUCCCCUCAGAUAUAGCUCCUCCGCCGGUAUUGAUGCCUGUUCCUGGUGCUGGUCCAUUAGGGCCUUUUGUUCCUGCUCCGCCUGAAGUUGCAAUGCGGAUGUUGCGAGAGCAGGGUGGUCCUCCCCCUUUUGAAGGAGGCGGUAGAGUUGGGCGGCCAGGGCCGCAGUUAACUGGGCCAGCCCCAAUUCUUGCUUUUUCUCCAGGUUUUAGACAGGAUCCUCGACGUCUACGCAGUUAUCAAGACCUAGAUGCACCAGAGGAUGAGGUCACUGUGAUAGACUAUAGAAGCUCCACAAGAAGUGUUGACGACCUGAACUUUUGAUGUAUUCUUUCUCCCACUAGCUUUAUUUUGGAAGGAGACGUCUCUUUAAAUUUGGGGUGGGAAUAUUCAAAAGUUAACAAAAUGUAUUGUAAAUUUGACUCAAUAUUAGAUUUGGAAAUGGUUUCCGUUUGUUUCCCUUAAUUUUUCUGAAGUUUGUGGUUUGGAUCCAGUUAUGAAAAUUGAUUUUCUGAAAAUGAACCAUUCUUGUGCAGAUUGUGCACUGGAAAAUCCUUGUACAUGGACUUCCCUAACAUUACAGACUUUUGGAAGGGUUUGGAUGGAAAUUGUAAUUUUAAUAUAGUAGCGUACCAUCAGUUUGUUGAAAUAAAAUGUGAGAAAAUUGCACUUUUUUAAA